AUGCCGUCGAUUUGCCAUGAUGCCAUCGCCACCGAGCAGUCCCGAAGCAAAACACUUACUUCAGUCUCUAUCCUCCAGGCAGAUCCCAACACAACACCGCAGCCCCGCAGCACCACAACCUCUUAUGCCGUAACAUUUCAAAAACAAAACCCAGACUCCGGAGGUUUCCUGAAGCCAAGAAAUGAACAUGUCACCUCCCCCGCGUUCCAGCAAAGCCCCGAUCCGUUUGCCAUCCCGAUUUCCUGGGGUACCGGCUACGGCUACUUCUUAUAG